CCUCCCACAACCUGUCAGAUUCCACAAGACUUACUGGCGGAGCGAGCCAUCCAAACCGAUUGCGAAAGAGAAGGUUCAGCUGGAUUGUGCUGUCUAUCUGCGGGUGUGGUUUAUGUGCAUAUAAACCAGUCCAGGUGCCGACCUCCCUACUAUCCGUCCGUCCUCGCCAAGCUCCUUCGUCUGUGCUCGAGCAGGGAGAGACCUCCAAGUAUUCACUGCGCCAAUUUUCUGUUCAAUAACUAUCCCUCCCCUAUCGGCAAUGCUUUUGACGUAGCAUCCCGCACCCGCAAAAAAAAAAAAAGCACAAAAAAAACGACUAGCCCCUACCGCGCUGGCGUACAUCAGGGCAUCCUACUACCCACCACCACCACCACCACUACACCACCACCACUGCUCUACGGAUCUUAGAGAUGCCAUCCUGUAGCUGGGGCAUACCGCUCAGCCCCCUACAGUCCAAGUUCGCCGCCUCGUUAGUCGCGACAACGCUGCUGGUCGUGAUACUCUUCUUCGUGGCAUACCCGCGCUCAGCAUACUCCCACUCUGACUUUGAAUUCGGCUUCGACUCCUUUGGCGGGGAAGCCGGGGUUUUCAGAAGAGAGAAUGAGAUAGUCAGGGGGUUAGGGAAUAGUGUACCGGGGUCUUACAAUCUUGAGUUUGGACAGAUAAAUUACUGGGUGUUGGAGCCGAGUCAGUUGUUCAUUGACGAUGACGACAGCAUUAGUUCUAAGAAGAGGGGAGGGCCUGCGGGCGAAUUGAGGAAACGGCAGGGUGGUGCCGACAACGGGGGGGGGGAAAGGUCACGGACGGUCUAUCUCACGUUCAACACUUGCCUGCAACCUCAGCGUAAUAACACCGGCGAAACAGCUGGGGGCGGUGAUAAUGACGAGGACGUUCCGAAGCUGCCGCAGUUGGCGCUGUACUUGUCGAAUAGUAGUUCAAACCAGGCGCCUGGUCCGGGGGUUCUGGAUAGACCGCAGAUUUCAAUUCCUGUGAUGCUGGGGUAUGCGAAUUUCACGUUUAAUGCAGCUGGGUCGAUCUGGGUCGGGGUUUAUGCACCGGAUGUUGAGGAUGGGACUCAGUGGAGUGGGAUAUGGAAUUAUGAACUGGUGUUAUCUACGAGAAAACAGUAUCAUGGAUAUAUCGAGGAUCAAUUCCUCUACCUUGUCGACUCAGAUAAUGAAGCUGCGUUGUUGAUUACGGGGAACAUGACUACGGGAUCUGCUGCUGAUGGAGGUGUAGAUGAAGAGGUCGGAGGGGAUGAACUGAUGGGGAGACCACCGCCAUACCUGAUGUAUGCUCAGAAUAGGGGUGUGAGUAGUAGGUUUCAGGGCCUAGAGAGGAGUUACUGCGCCGUCACGAAGUUGGCACAGGUUCGCCCCGGAAGCUUAGAUGUCAGCAUGACCAGACGGGGUCUCGGGAACCUUCCGAAGCAGCAAUUCCAUUUGAAGGAGUUGAAUAGGAGUAGUGCUUACUUUGGGUAUCUCGCCCGGCCGAACUCUACAAACCCCUCUGACACCUCGGGGACCCUCUGGCGCGCAAUGCGUAUCAACACGAAGAAGGACGGAAACUGCCAGAUCAUAUACAACCUCCCGUUCUGUUCCGAGGUAGCCUACGCGGUACCUUCGAAUCCCACACUCUUUAACAUGGACAACCUAACAAAUUUCUACGACGACAUCGCCAAAAGCUGGUACAAGAACUUCUCCUACUCCCUCCAACAAAUCCAGUGCAACGCAUCGAGUUCCGCACAGUACUCCCUCGCCCGAAGCUGCGCAGACUGCGACGCCGCGUACAAAAACUGGUUAUGCGCAGUGACCAUCCCGCGGUGCAUGGACUUUUCCUCUAAACUACCGUACCUAGCCGAACGCGCUGUGGGUGAAAUGUUCUACAAUGCAUCCUCGGGGAAAAAUCAGACGCACCCGUUCAACAUCACUGAUAUCCCUCUCCCACUAGAUGGUGCGAACACGACACACACGAAGUCCUCCCGGAACGCUAAAAUCGACCAGAUAAUUCGUCCGGGGCCGUAUAAGGAGGUUAAGCCAUGUAUGGACCUCUGCUGGACACUUGUGCAGAGCUGCCCCAGCAGUUUGGGCUUCCAGUGCCCUAGAUCGGAGAGUUGGGGGAUGAUGCAGAGUUAUGGCGCUAGGGACUUGAAAGGGGACGUGACUUGUAGCUUCCUCGGGGCGGUGUAUUUCUUGAGUUCUGCCGAGAGGAAAUGGAAUUGGAUUUCUGGGGGUGGGGGGUGGAUAUGGACUUUGGGAAUGGCAGCUUGGUUUGCCUGGACAGGUCUUUAG